AAACUGAAAAAAUGGAAUUCACGCUUGUGUUUGUGUCUCGAUUCUAGCUCGGUUCUAGCUCGGUUCACAGCCCGCACCACCACAGAGUUGUCCUUCUGUCCACAGUCUUUGGACAUGCUCGCGGCGGUGGUCGGGUCGGUGUUCCUUGGUCUCGGGUGUAGGACGGGUCUACUCGUCAUUAUCACCUUGUGCAGUUGGACCUGUGGCGCACAUUCGCACCACCUUCCCUCUUCGUACGUUGCGGCAGUGUACGAGCACUGCGUGGCGCUGAACCCGGAGCCGCGUGUGCCCGUGUCCCGCAGCGCAGCGCUGCGUCACCUGCGCCAGAACCUCCAGGUGUACUCGAAGCAGGCCGCCAGGGCCGCGCUGCAGGGUGCUCAGAUUCUGGUUUUCCCAGAGGAUGGCCUGCAGGGCUUUAACUUCACUCGCUCUUCUAUAGCAGCCUACCUGGAGGUGGUCCCUGACCCACAGCAGGAAAGCUGGAACCCCUGUGAGGACCCACAGCGCCACCCGAACACUGAGGUGCAGCACUGGCUGAGCUGCCUGGCCCGGAGACAUGGCCUGUAUGUGGUAGCCAACAUGGGCAGUGUGCAGCCCUGCUCUGGGGACUCUGGCAGCCCCUGUCCCCCUGAUGGUCAUUGGCACUUUAACACCAAUGUGGUCUACAGGUUCAUGAAUGAUGGGUUGCUGGUGGCUCGCUAUCACAAGCAGAACCUGUACUUUGAGGAGGCGUUCGACACCCCCCAACACAUGGAAAUGGUCACAUUUGACACACCUUUUGCAGGAAGGUUUGGUCUUAUUACCUGCUUUGACAUCCUGUUCCAGCAGCCAACUGUGUCCAUGGUGGAGAAGGGUGUGCGCCAGUUCAUUUUCCCCACUGCCUGGAUGAACCAGCUCCCUCUCCUGGACGCUAUUCAAUUUCAGCAGGCCUUCAGUGUGGGGGCUAAUGUCACACUGUUAGCUGCAAACAUUCGCAGUGAUGAGCUGAUUAUGACUGGAAGUGGGAUCUAUUCCCCCUCCUCUGCUAUGUACCACCAUGCUCAGAGAGGUGACCCAGAAGAGGGCUGGCUUGUGGUGGCCACACUGAGGCCAUUGGAGCCUCUGCCUGACACACUGCCUGUAAGUCAGGUGAUGCACAAGGAGCAGGGGUACACUGAAGUGAGAUGGUAUCUCUCUGAGGGCUGGAGAGCCCCGCCCUCUUUCACCUCCUGCAUGAUGCAUGACCCUUUCACCUUCGUACUGUUGCCUGGGCCAGGGGGGCAGCUCAGUGUCUGCGAUGGCUCCUUUUGUUGCUGGCUGCAGUAUCAGUACAUGGACAGUAACUUCACUGAAGUGUAUGCACUGGGAGCAUUCGCUGGAACGCACACUGUUAAUGGACACUACAGUCUGCAGGUUUGUGCUCUGGUGAAAUGUGCUGGAGCUGAUGCCCAUUCAUGUGGACAGGAGGUGGUGGAGGCACAAACUAAAAUGGACUUUGUGUUGGAGGGAACAUUUAAUACUAAACAUGUGUACCCAUCUGUUCUGUCCAGUCAGUACACUCUGGAGCAGCCGACGCUCCUCCACACCUCGGCACAUGGGACUGUGACCAUUGCACACUCUCAUAUGAGAGCAGGCCUCAUCACGGCUGUUCUUUACGGCCGGACAUACCACAUGGACCCACACUGA